AGUUGCGUAAAUUGUCAGCUACAAAGCUGUUGUUACUGUUCCGAGGAGAGAGAGAAAAAAACUUCUCAGAGAGAGGGACGCGAUGCAGCACUACGGGGUGAACGGCUACUCUCUGCACGCCAUGAACUCUCUGAGUGCCAUGUACAACCUGCAUCAACAGGCCGCACAGCACGCUCAGCAUGCGCCCGACUACCGACCCUCCGUGCACGCACUCACGCUAGCGGAGAGACUGGCAGACAUCAUCUUGGAGGCGCGCUACGGCUCCCAGCACAGAAAGCAGCGCCGCAGCCGCACAGCCUUCACCGCCCAGCAGCUGGAGGCGCUGGAGAAAACUUUCCAGAAAACUCACUACCCUGAUGUGGUCAUGCGUGAACGUUUGGCCAUGUGCACCAACCUACCCGAAGCUCGAGUACAGGUGUGGUUUAAAAACCGCCGUGCAAAGUUCCGCAAGAAGCAGCGCAGCCUGCAGAAAGAGCAGCUUCAGCUGCUGAAGGAAGCUGGGACGGAAGAAGAAGCUCCGCCUGUUGAGGCACAAGCCCGGCCCUCCCCUUCAGAUGGGCAUGGCCCCACAUGCCCCCCUCCCUGUGAGUUGAGUGAAGAGGUGAAUGUCACCUCACCGGAACAGUCAGGGGCGGAGUCAGGGGCUGAGGACAUGACUGACAGAGAGGAUGAGUCACUGUCCAUCAAAGAUGAAACAAAAGAGGCGGGGCCAACCCUGAUGACAGAUUACAGUUCACCUUCUUGCAAACCAAUCAGCCCUAAAUCAGAUGAGCCGCUGGGUUCUCCAGCUCUUCCCUCCUCCAGUGGCGUCAUAAACGAAGAAAUCUGGAAAAGCACUUAUUCUGUGUGCUUUUCUGAAACUCAAAACAUUCUACCGUUGGUUCUUCUGGUGUUUGGGAAUAAUAGUAUCAAGCAAUAUCCUCUUUACCUCACUGUGAAAGGAUGA